CCGAGUUAAACUAAUUUUGUUGUAAUGGAUUGUAUGCCUGUAUCAAAAAUAAUUUUAAUGUGAAAAUAAGGGUGUUGACGAAGGAUUCCAGGUUUAUUUAGGGGAUUUCCAUCAUGGCUUAUAAUUACGUGGUUACGGCUCAAAAGCCGACUGCGGUAACAGCUUGUAUUACAGGUAACCUUACUUCUCCAACCGAUCUUAACCUGCUGGUCGCUAAGCAGUCGCGUCUGGAGAUGUACCUCGUCACUCCUGAAGGGUUACGACCCAUGAAGGAAGUAGGCCUGUAUGGCAGGGUUGCCAAAAUGAAGUUGUUUAGACCUCCAUAUGAAAAGAAAGAUUUAGUAUUCAUCCUGACUGCUCGCUACAAUGCCAUGAUAUUGGAAUGGAGGAUGGGUCCAAAUGGGGACUUGGAAGUGGUCACGCGGGCCCACGGGAAUGUGUCAGACCGCAUUGGUAAACCGUCAGAAAACGGGAUCCUAAUGGUCAUAGACCCACAAGCUAGAGUCAUAGGCCUUCGGUUGUAUGAUGGGCUUCUCAAAAUUAUACCUUUAGAUAAAGAUUCUACAGAAUUGAAAGCAGCUAGUCUGAGGUUAGACGAACUUGACGUGUAUGAUGUAGAAUUUUUACAUGGGUGUUGCAACCCUACGUUAAUUUUAAUUCACCAAGAUUUAAAUGGAAGACACAUUAAGACACACGAAAUAAAUUUAAGAGAAAAGGAAUUCAUGAAAAUCCCUUGGAAACAAGACAAUGUUGAGACAGAAGCGUCUAUACUUAUACCUGUACCAAGUCCUAUUGGUGGAGCUAUCGUUAUAGGUCAAGAAUCCAUAGUGUAUCAUGAUGGUCAAAGUUAUGUGGCCGUAGCGCCACCACAAAUUAAGUCGACGCCGGUGGUGUGCUACUGCCGCGUGGACGCGCGCGGGCUGCGCUACCUGCUGGGCGACGCGGCCGGCCGCCUGCUCAUGCUGCUGCUGGAGCUGCACGAGCGGCCCGCCGGCGCGCCCGCCGUCAAGGACCUCAAAGUCGAGCUCUUGGGUGACAUCCCAAUACCAGAAUGUAUGACGUACUUGGACAACGGUGUAGUUUUCAUCGGCUCCCGGCUCGGCGACUCGGCUUUGGUACGAUUGUCUUGCACUAGGGACGAGACGAGUCAGUACGUUCAGCCGAUGGAGAGUUUCACAAGCCUGGCGCCUAUAGUGGACAUGUGCGUCGUGGAUUUGGAGAGGCAGGGACAGAAUCAGCUGAUUACAUGCUCUGGUGCUUUCAAAAUGGGCUCCCUCCGUAUAAUCCGCAACGGAAUCGGUAUCCAGGAGCAGGCCUCCAUAGACCUGCCCGGGAUUAAGGGAAUGUGGGCACUCUGUUUGCAACCCGGAGAGACUCAUCAUGACACAUUAGUCGUAGCCUUUGUCGGACAAACCAGAGUUCUUACAUUAAAUGGAGAAGAAGUAGAAGAAACAGAGAUAAGAGGAUUCGUGUCGGAUCGUCAGACAUUUUUCACGGGGAAUGUUUGCCAUAAUCAACUAGUUCAAGUAACGGACGAAGGAAUCCGCCUCAUAUCUUACGGCCCAGACGGUUGGACAUUGGCGGCCACGUGGCAAACUGAAGGUGACAGUGCCGGAGUGCGGGGAGUGUCUGUGGUGUCGUGUAGCGGCAACCGCGUGGUGUGCGCCGCGGGCAACAAGAUAUACCUCGUGGAGGUUCUGGAAGGUUCUCUGCGGCUGUUGCAUUCCGUGUGCAUGGAGGAGGAGGUGGCGUGCCUGGACGUGUCGCCCGACGAGCUCCAGCCGGCGCUGCUCGGCGUCGGGCUGUGGACCGACAUCUCCGUGCGCGUGCUGCGGCUGCCCGAGCUCGCGCCGCUGCACACCGAGCGGCUGGCCGGAGAGAUAAUCCCGCGGUCGCUGCUGAUCUGCGUGCUGGAGGGCGUGUGCUACCUGCUGGUGGCGCUGGGCGACGGCUCCAUGUUCUACUUCACGGUGGACCCGCGCUCGGGCGCGCUCGCCAACAAGAAGAAGGUCACGCUGGGCACGCAGCCCACCGUGCUCAGGAGCUUCAGGUCACUCUCAACAACGAACAUAUUCGCGUGCUCGGAUCGUCCAACAGUCAUCUUCUCGUCCAAUCACAAGCUGGUGUUCUCCAAUGUGAAUCUGAAGGAAGUCACUCACAUGUGCUCGCUGAACGCGGCCGCCUAUCCUGACAGUUUAGCUCUAGCCACAGACAGCACAGUGACCAUAGGCACCAUAGACGAAAUACAGAAGCUUCACAUACGAACAGUGCCGCUAGGAGAGACGCCACGCAGGAUCGCCCAUCAAGAGGCUUCACAGACAUUCGGCAUAAUUACGAUGCGUGUGGACAAAAUGGAAUGGUGUGCGGGAACAGGCUCUGCCGCCCCCGUGCGGCCGUCGGCGUCCACCGCCGCCAGCAACACCAGCGGCGCGCCGCUGCCUACCGGGAAACACGCGCCGCACCACAGCGACGUGGAGGUACACAACCUGCUCAUCGUGGACCAGCACACGUUCGAGGUGUUACACGCCCAUCAAUUGCAAGCGAACGAAUAUGCACUAUCGCUGAUUUCCUGCCGCCUCGGUGACGACCAGCAACAUUAUUACGCUGUCGGCACCGCAUUGUUGCAACCCGAAGAGAGUGAACCCAAACAGGGUAGAAUAUUAUUAUUCCACUGGUUCGAAGGCAAACUGGUGCAGGUGACUGAGAAAGAAAUAAAAGGCGCGUGUUAUGUUCUAGUCGAAUUUAAUGGGAAACUGCUGGCAGCCAUUAACAGCACGGUGCGACUAUUCGAAUGGACAUCGGACAAGGAGCUCCGCCUGGAAUGCAGCCACUUCAACAACAUCGUAGCGUUGUACCUCAAAGCUAAAGGCGACUUCAUACUGGUCGGGGACAUUAUGAGGUCUAUGUCGUUACUACAGUAUAAACAGAUGGAGGGUAGUUUUGAAGAGAUCGCCCGCGAUUACAGUCCAAAUUGGAUGACGGCCGUGGAAAUAUUGGACGACGACACAUUCUUGGGCGCCGAGAACUGUUUCAAUCUCUUCGUUUGUCAGAAAGAUAGCGCCGCGACGACGGACGAGGACCGGCAGCUGAUGAGCUACAUGGGGCAGUUCCACCUCGGGGACAUGGCCAACGUGAUGCGGCCCGGCUCGCUCGUGGCGCAGCACGCCGACUCCGCCGCGCCCGUGCUGCACCCCGUGCUCGUGGCCACCGUGCACGGCGCCGUCUGUCUAGUAGUCCAACUAUCGCAAGAGCUGUUCGACUUCCUCCACAAACUGGAGGAGCGUCUGACCCACACGAUCAAGUCGGUCGGCAAGAUCUCCCACUCGUUCUGGAGAUCAUUCAACACGGACAUAAAGACGGAGCCGGCUGAGGGGUUCAUUGAUGGAGAUCUGAUCGAGAGCUUCCUGGAUUUGAACAGGGAUAUGCAGCAGGAGACCGUGAAGGGUUUACAGAUCGACGAUGGCGGCGGAAUGAUGCGCGACGCGACUAUCGACGACAUCAUCAAAAUCGUGGAAGACCUCACCAGGAUACAUUAGUUUAUAUUGAAGUUAAUUAAUUAAAUAUUAUUAUGUAUGUAAUUACAAA